AUGAAGAUGGAGGACUAUGAAAUAUUCUGUAAGAAGCAUCUUGCCAGAAUCCAAGAAGGGGCAAUAAAAGGAGAAACCCCUUUCAGUGUUCAGCACAAAAAUAUCUCCCUCAUUCAAUUCUAUGGAGUCCCUGUGCUUUCGCCUCUGCUUAGCCUUGAAAAGAAAAAGGAAAUACAGCAAUAUAAGGAGAAAGCACUGGACAUAGAGACCAGGAAACAGAACUCCAGGAAAAAAGCUUUACUGAACCAUGUUCAGGAGAUUGUAGAAAACAUUCAGAUGAAGAAAGGACCUAACAUGAGUGAUGUGAAUGCACAGGAAGCUGAGAAUUCUUGCCUUGAUUUGGAUUCAAAAACUUUGACUGACAUCACUCUAUCAGAUGUCAGUUUGGCAUGUUCUCCUGAAAGGGACAGUUCCAUGGACUUGGAAAAGACACCAGAACUUAAACCAUCAGAUACUGCAGAACAGGUGACAUCAAAUGUGACAGAAGUUAAAGCAGCAGAAGAAAAUAUUUCUUCUAAGCAAAGCGAGAGUCUCUUCUCCAAAGACCUGCCUUGUCCAAAUGCUGCAUCUCCUGACAAGAUGUGCAACAAGCUCAUGUCACACGCUCUGCAGAAACAGGAGGGACGAGCAGGGUCACUGUCAGAUGAGGAUGUCCAAGAUCCAUGUGUGAUGAGUCUUCAGAACCUGAUCAAGAAAUCCAGGGAGUACAUAGAGAAAGAGCAAACCAAGCGGCCCUCAAAAGGCGGCUCCAGGAGGAGCAUGAGCGAGAGUCAUUCCGAUAAGGAAAACGAUGGCGUUAAAACAACUGACUCGACGAAGGAAAGAGCCAAACUUACAGGCAGAAGUGGCACUGCUCAGAUGCCCGAUAAACCCAGUCUUAAUAAAUCAAAUACCCUUCUCCAAGGUGCCUCUACUCAUACAAGUAACGCAAGUAUGUCCAGUUUAUCCAGUUUUUCUAAAGUGGACAUACCUAUGAGAGUUGGAACACCUCCGUUGGUGGAUUCAGAUUCGGAUGAAGAAUUUAAGAAGACUUCUAGCUUUGAGCGUGACAGCAGCAUUGUCAGGAGCCUCACAGGCUCUUAUGCCAGAUUGCCAAGCCCAGAGCCAAAUAUGAGCCCUAAAAUGCACCGGCGGCGCCCCAGACCUCUGUCCACGGGCCACGUCAUCAUCAAUAACCCUGUGAAUGCUUACGAGUUGAGUCCUAAAGGCAAGGGCAGAGCGAUGGAUUUAAUCAUGCAGGAUAUUGCAGAUAAAAAUAACGUGUCUGAAUCAGUGCCAAAGUUCAUGAUGGACUUCACUACGCUUUACCCUGGCAGAGUUCCUGGUGUCCCCAGGAGUUCUUCAGGCCCUUGUGAUGGGUUGGGGGUUGGCAAACCCAAUCGCCAUUCCUUUGGGGUCUUGGAAAGCAAGGGAAUGGUGUUGACUACAGUGGAAGGACAGGUGGCGAUGGACAGCAGAGGGCCAUAUAAAGUAGAGAAUAGUACUAAUAUUGUAGCUCCAAAAUUAAACGAGCCCUUUGCCAUCAGUCAGUCUACAGUAACACAGAAGAUUGUAGCUGUGAAUGAAACAAAACCACCUACUUUGCCGGAAAAUACUAAAUGUAAUUCUCCAGUGGAACUCAAUAAAUCUUACAAUGUAGAAAAUCCAUUUCCACUACUAAUGCAGAGCAAGAAUGUGCAGCUGCAAAUGGAUACUCCGAGUGUUUCCUCAGCAAAUGAUCAAUUUCCAGAAAAUUGUGAAAAGGUCAAACGUAGACUUGAUUUGGACAAUGACAGCUGUCAAAAAGAAAACAGUUCCUGCAUUCUAAGAGUCGGAAUGGAAGAACAGAAGAAGCAGUGGUUGCAGGAACAGAAAUAUCCUGUGGGAUCAGUUUAUAUUACCAAGAAUGCAGCCCCUGAAAAUGUGGCAAAAGAAGAUGUUUUAAAAACUAAAAUGUUGGCCUUCGAAGAAAUGAGGAAGAGACUUGAAGAGCAGCAUGCACAGCAGCUGUCAAUUCUGAUAGCUGAACAAGAGAGAGAACAGGAGAAAUUGCAGAAGGAACUGGAAGAGCAGGAGAGAAAGUUGAAAGGAAAGAAGGUUACUACAACGGAAAUAGAAAUUUCCAAAGUGAAUAUUAACAGUAGCAUGGAGUUGGAGUGGAGGAAAAAGAGUGAAAGUGGCUUGCUGGGAAGUGUGCAGUCUCAGCUGGAGACAGUCCAUAACACAAACUCCACCAGCACUGGUUUUGCUCACACUACAACACCUAACACCUUUGCUUCAACAAGUGAAACCUCAUUCUAUCUCUGGGGACCAUCAGGUACUGGAGUUAUAAAAACCUCAGUAUCCAGGCCAAGUAACAGGAUCAAAACUAGGUGGAGUCAGGUUUCCAGUCCAGAGAUACAAAUGAAGUUUGACAAGAUCACUGCUGUGGCAAAGGGGUUUCUCACACGUAGGCUCCUGCAGACAGAAAAACUGAAACAUCUGAAGCAAACUGUAAAAGAUACUCUGGAGUUCAUAAAAAAUUUUCAGUCUGAAGCCCCACUGGAAAGAGGAAGGGUGUCAGCACAAGAUGCAUCCCUUCAUGAAAGGGUCAUGGCUCAGCUCCGAGCUGCUCUGUAUGACAUCCAUGACAUCUUCUUCAACAUGGAGGCAUCAGAGAGGAUGAAUAUUCUGCGUCAUGAUCGGGAAGUUCGUAAAGAGAAGAUGCUCAGGCAAAUGGAUAAAGUAAAGAGCCCAAGAGAACGAGUGACACUUUCAACAGCUACACAGAAAUCUCUGGACAGGAAAAAGAACAUGAAGGCUUCAGAAAUGGGAAUACCAAGUAAAAAAGUAAUCAUAAAACAAAAACCUCCUGAAAGCCGCAUACUUCAACCAAACCAGGGACAGAAUGCCCCAGUUCAUAGACUGCUUUGCAGACAAGGAAACUCUGAGCCCUCAGUGAAUGGGUUUGAGCAAAAUAGAAAGAAGGCCUCAGAGAGCAGAGUGUCUAACAAGGCUGGUUCAGGAGCAUAUGCAGGAAGAACCCAAAGAAAGAAGCCAAAUGUUGUGACAAUUUGA